UCUUUUUUCCUUCCCCAGAUCUAUUCUCAUCUGUCACUCUUUUCCCUUUCUUUCUUUCUUUCUUUCUAAUACUAGGGUGUUUGUUCUCACCCAUCGACAGAGGUCAAGCCCAGAUCAUGCCGAGUUGAGCACACCAUGACCAACAGCUCCUCCAUCACGCCGGCCAUGGCGCCGCCCGCCGGGAUGGUCUCCAACUUCGUCGACCCCCCGUCGUGCGGCCUCAAGUUCCUUGUGGUCAACUGUGUCUUCCUGCCUCUGGCGGUGAUUGCGCUGGUCGUGCGCAUGUGGACGCGCAUCUACCUGGUACGCAGUGUGUCAUAUGAUGAUUACCUCAUGAUUAUCUCCGUUGUCCUCUCCUGCAUCCUCACCGGCGUCACCCUCGACAUGCUCAACUGGGGUCUGGGUAAACACAUGUGGGACGUCCCGUACAGCUCUCUCACCCCGUGGUUCCUGAGGCUCAACGUCGUCGCGGCCAUCAUCUACUGCGCCGGGACCGGCUUCACCAAAGUCUCCGUCCUGAUCUUCUACCUGCGCAUCUUCCCCAGCAAGACCUUCCACUACGCCGUCUGGACCGUCAUUUUCAUCGCGGUGGGCUACAACGUGGCCAGCGUGCUGGCCAACAUCUUCAGCUGCAGCCCCGUGGCCGCCGCGUGGGACUAUUCGAUCACGAACGCGACGUGCAUGAACCGACCGGUGUUUUACUUUGCGAAUGCGGGGUUGGGCAUUUUCACGGAUUUCAUGACGACGUUGGUGCCGAUUCCGUGGUUGCGGAGAUUGCAGAUGCCGUUCCGACAGAAAUUCGCGGUUGGUGCUAUGCUGGCUAUGGGGUGCAUCGUCGGAGUCAUCAGCUGCAUCCGUCUCGCCAGUUUAUACACCCUGCUCGAAAGCACCGACCUCACUUGGACCACGACCAACGCACUCAUGUGGUGCACCAUCGAGCUCAACCUGGGGAUCAUCGGCGGGUGCACGACCGCGAUGCGCCCCUUCGUGCGCCGCUACUUCCCCCGCCUGCUGGGUCUCUCGACGCACAGCGGCGGCUACCACGAGUCGGCCUCGCGCAAAUACGGCCACCCGCUGGGCUCCAUCCCCCGCGAUGCGCCCGAGUUCGCGCCCGCCAGCAACCACUACUCCACGCGAUUGCACGGGGGCACCAACGACGACAGCGAGGAGCAUAUCCUGCCGGGGACGACGACCCCGGGGGCCGCGUUGCACCGCAGCAAGGGCAGCACGGAGGGGAUUAUCCGGACGGUGGAGUUUAAUGUGGAUAGUAAUACGGACCUGCGAUAGCUGAUGACACGGUAUAUUGAUGCAUAAUUGAUGGAU